CCCAAAACAAGAGUGCAGUCCGUCAACGCCAGUGGGCACGAUAAUGUCAAAUUCCAAAUUUGGUUUGCCUGCUGAAAGUUAUUGCGCAGAGUUAUAGUGGGAUCUUUUUGAAUUUCGCGAAGAAUAGUAGUGGAUCGAAUUCAACGAUGGGUGACUCAGACCUUGAAGCCGUUCGAGCGCAACGAAUGGCCCAAUUGCAGUCUCAGUAUGGAGGAGGUGAUGGGGAGAAACAGAAAGCCCAACAGGAGCAGAUGCGACAACAGGAAGAAACAAAAAAUUCAAUCCUCGCGCAACUCUUGGAUCAACAAGCCCGUGCAAGAAUUAACACGCUAAAGCUCAGCAAGCCCGAGAAAGCCGAAAUGGUUGAAGGCAUGAUCAUCCGAAUGGCGCAAAUGGGUCAAAUUCCUGGUAAACUAGACGAUGCGCAACUUGUCACGCUCCUUGAACGGCUGAAUUCUCAAAUGCCCCAGCAAAAAUCAACUGUGAAGUACGAUCGAAGGAGAGCUGCCAUUGACUCAGAUGAAGAUGAAGACUACGGUUGCUGAUUAAUGUGUUCUUCCAACACUGUUUAGGUUUACUGAUGCUCUUAACUCGUUAUGUGUAUCUUUUGUGAAAAUUAUUGAAAUAGAGGACAAAAUUUUUAACGCUAAGCUUAUAUUGAAGAUUUUUUAGUACCCAUGCUUCAUCAUUGAAAAUCGUGGAAAUAAUACAUACAUAUUCUCACAAAUGUUUUAUUAAUUUAUCAAUAAAAUUCUACUGGAACUGACCGACAGCCAGCAAUACACA